GCCUGGAAACUCGCCCGGGCAGGACUGAGAAGUCGCCCGUGGCUCGUUGGCCGGCCCCCGUCCCAGGUCCUGGGUCCCCGAAGUCACCGCGGCGGCGCCCAGACUGACAACCGGAAAGAGCCUGGUCAUCACCCCCCAGCCCUGGGCACUUCCUUACAGAGACUCACUCACCGGCCGGGCGGGCCUCCCGGCGCGCCGUCCCCCGAGCGCAGCACCUCGGCCCGGGGCCCCUCUUCCGCGCCCGCCCGGGGUCCCCGCUCCAGCGACGCCUCUCCGAAGCCGCCGGCCGAGCUUCCCCCGAGCCGGGCCACGGGGCGUCGGGCUGAGAUUCGAAAGAGCGAUUCAAACAGAAAACCCCAAAACGAAACCCCGAGGAGAGUUUCUGAACUUCCCUUGUCGUUGUGAACUCGACAGCCUCAACCUGCGCAGAAGAGACCUCGGCUGGACCGUGCAGGCGAGGACCGCGCCCCGCCGAUCGCAGGAGCCGGGUGCGGAGAAGGAGUGGGCGGGCUUCCUCAGUCUAGGACUGAAGACUUUGGGCAGUGCCAGGAGACAGAGGUAUAGACACAGCCCAGACUACCUUUUGCUGGUCACUCUCCUAAAGCUUCAGGGAGGAAUGUCAGUGGCUCACAGCGCAGGUCGUCUUUUGCUGACACUGCUGCUGACAGAAGCCGGGAAGACUCUGGGCAAUGCCCACUCUCUGUGCCUUGACCUCACUAUCAAAUCUCAGUCCAGACCUGGCCAGCCCUGGUGUCAAGUACAGGGCUCCAUGAACACAAAGCCUUUCAUUCAGUAUGACAGUGACAGCAACAAGGUCAAACCUUUGGGUUUCCUGGGGAAGGAGGUAAACGACACGAACGUGUGGACCGAAUUGAGCGAAACACUGGCAGAAGCAGGAAAAGAGCUCAAGAUGGUCCUGCCUGUCACCAAACUGGACAAAAAGGAGACGAGGGGUCCUCCCACCCUGCAGGUCAAAAUGUGCUGUCAACGUGAAGCUGAGCAAUGCUCUGGUGCAUCCUUGCACUUCAGUCUCAAUGGACGGACAGCCCUCCUCCUUGACACCAUGAGCAUAACCUGGACAGUCAUUGAUCCUGGAGCCACAGGCAUCAAGGAGGAGUGGGAGAACAACCAGGAACUGGCAAAGUAUUUCAGGACCAUCUCAACAGGAGACUGCAGCUAUUGGCUUAGGGAAUUCCUGAAACACUGGGAGAACAUGCUGCUCCAGAGACCACAGAACCACUAAUAAUGGCCCCAGAUAUAAGCCAGUCUGCAUCCAUCCGAUUGGUCGCUUGCAUUAUCCUAUUGAUCAUCACCCAGUUAGUUCUAAUUGCUUCAUCGUCAUGAAUCUUAUGAAGAAAUCAGGGACCACAGCAGGUGAGAAGCCAGCCGGCCUCUGGCUCCUAGGCAGGUUUGUUCUGGUCAAGACUUGGGAGAGGUGAGCCUCGGGUCUCACCAAGCCACUGUCCACUGAACCCAUCUUUACCAAGAUGAUGUUCUGUCUUUGUCUUGGGCCCCCACACUUCCCUGUAGGGUUGGGAACCACCCUGUCGUUGGGGUAGAAGAGGCUGGUGUGGGCAGCAGGACAGUGCAGUGGGGGUGGGGAUGAAGACAAGUGUCUUCUCCUUUGGGGGCCCCAGGUUUGAGAUGUAGACAUGGUGGGGUGGGGAGUUGUCCUGAGAUCUUACUCAGGCUUUCCCAGCCCUUUGAUGAAAAAAACCUUUUGUUCUCUGAUGAUAGCACCAUCUAGCCGAACAUUUCCCCCAGUGUUCUAACAGCUAUUCCAUCAUUUGGAUGUUUCUCCCUGGACUAUGAGAAGGUACAAUGUUAACCCAACUCUGGGUGGCAAAAGCUGACCCUUGAUGACAGUCUGGCUGUUGAUCUAAUAUACUACCUUCUACUCAGAGUGGGGUUUAACAAGAAGCUAAAGAAGCUUAUGCUUAAGAAUUCCUUCACUUUCCAUGGCUGUUGA